AUGCAGCUGCCACUGCACGUUAUGGAGUUCCGACACCGUCGGUCCAAUUAUCAAUUAGCUGCGUACCGUGCUGAAGAAGCACAUGCAGACCUAAUCGGCAGCGACCGCGAGAUGCAUCAAGUCACGGGAGAUCGUCGCUCCAUUCCGAAGGCCGAUCGCCAACUUUGA